AUGAAGAGUAUUCGGAAAUCAUUUCGCCGCCGAAGCGGCUCCAUUCGAGAACGCCUAUCGCCGCUGCGCCGACGACCGUCCCAGAGUCACCAGGCGGAGGCGUCGUGGCGCGAAACGGGCGAGCCCAAAUUGCUGCUCACGGCCGAUACGCUGUACUUUGACCCCACCAUCUUCCAGCAGUUCAAGGAGGAAGGCUUCGACGUAGCCUACCUCCCUCAUGCUACCCCACCAAAGCAGUAUCAAGAACAAUUGCAGAGGUUUGCCGAUGUUUUAGAGGAGCGGGACCGAUAUGCCAUUGUCGCCUAUGGGGAAUCUGCUGCGGUUGUGCUCGAGGCCUGCACCGCUGCCAUGCCUAGACUGUGUGCUGUCGUCGCAUACUAUCCUACAUCCGUACCAAAUGCCAACUGCGCCUACCCGCCCUCUCUGAACUACCAAAUCCAUCUUGCAGAGUCGCAGCCUUUUGCCGCGAAGCUCAAUUGUUACAUCUAUCAUCGCUCUCAAGUUGGGUUUGCUGAGCAGGAUUCUCAGUUUUAUGACAGAGUCGGUGCUACACUCGCAUGGAGUCGAACAAUUGGCUGUUUGAGAAAAGGGUUUGAUUUAACAGUUGACCUGGCGCCGGCUUGGGAACGCCAUCUCAUGGCAAAAUAUGAUAAAAAGGACCUUGAAGGGACGAUAGAGUCUCUAGCAGGGGAUGCGUACGUGAAUUAUGUACCGGUCAUGACAGGAGGUAUUGGAUCCGACGAUCUUCGUCACUUCUACUCUGAAUACUUUAUUCCUAGGAAUCCAUCUUCCCUUGACAUUCAAUUGAUUUCUCGAACCAUGGGAAUUGAUCAUGUUGUUGAUGAAUUAUACCUAUCAUUUAGACAUACACAAGAAAUGCCUUGGAUACUCCCAGGCGUCCCUGCGACAGAUAAGUUCGUUGAAGUUGCAAUUGUAAGUAUCGUUGGUGUUCGUGCGGGUAAGCUGCGCCAUGAAAAUGUCUACUGGGACCAGGCCAGUGUCCUAGCACAGAUAGGACUGUUGGAUACGCGCUAUAUCCCGCCGGCCUUCCAGACCAUUGAUGAGGGGAGUAAACUGAAAAGACUACCCGUUCUUGGGGCAGAGAGUGCCCAAAAGGUCUUGAACCCCGAGUCUGAGGAAAGUAAUCGCUUGAUCAUCGACGGCUAA